GCAGAAGUCAGUACGGUCAGACUGUCCCAACGGACAGCGCCACCGGGGCCUGACGGCGAGCGGUGGACAGUGACGUCAGACGGAGGUCAGACAGGUGAUGGUAAAGCUGGACAGUGAAGUCAGGGUGGCGUGUAAAGGAUGAACAGUGGCGACUAAGUGUCGUGGCGAAGGCUGGACAGUGCUGACAGCACGACGUACUGAAGGCUGUACGUGAUGUCAAUGAUGGUCCGUCUCGCCGGCCCGCUCCUACGCUCUGCCCCUGAAGGCUGUAUGUGAUGUGCAAUGAUGGUCCGUCUCGCCGGCCCGCUCCUACGCUCUGCCCCGAGGUGCGAGUUUGAGCCGCUUGGCGGCGGGCCGGGAAGGGGGAGUGUUUGAGCGGCGGCCGGGGAAGGACGCUGAUGUCAGUGUCUGGACAACACACUGGACAGUGCCCACAGCGCGGUGUGGUGAAUGCUGGGCGGUGCCGGCAAGAUGCCGUGGUGAAAGCUCAUAGCGACGUCAGAUUGGCGCGGUGAGGGCUGGACAGUGGCGUCAGGCAGUGGUGCCAGUGGCGUGGAGGAGAGUGGAGAGUGGUGUCAGAGUGGCGGGGAGAAGAUUGGAGAGUGACGUCAAAUUUGCGAGCUGAGGGCCGGAAAAAGGCGUCAAAGUGGCGUAGGAAAGACUGGAGAGUGUUGUCACAUUGGUGUGAUGAACGCUAGACAGUGGCGUCAGAGAAGCGUGGAGGAGACUUGAGAGUGACGUCAGAUUGGUGUCUUGGAGGCUUGGCAGUGACGUCAGAGUGACGUCAAGAAGACUCGAGAGUGACAUCGAUUGCCGUGGUGAAUGCUGAACAGUGACGUGAUAGUGGCAUGGUGUGCACUUGGCAUCACGGCAGUAUCACUGGAGUGGGAGGUAUUGGGCAGCGGCGUCAGACUAGAAUGAACAGUGAGCAGUAGCGUCAGACAGGCGUGUGCAAGGCUGGACAGUGCCGUCAGACUGGAGUGAACGUUCCAGGUCUGACAUUCUCAGCCAGGAUUUUCUGCAUUAGGGAAAGGAAGAGUCUGCUAAUCAUGGCUGAAGCUCCAGAAGCCAGCACCAGUGCCCACUACUACUGCCAUGUCUGCAAUGAGGACAUCACUCCAGUGCUCCCAGAGUACAUCUGUCCAAGAUGUCAGGGUGGCUUCAUUGAGAAGCGUGAGGCUGAGGACACCGUGGCAGAUGAUCCAGAUGAUGAGCUGCCUCCAGCUGAUGACCCGACCAUGCGGGCAGUAACUCAGAUGUGGAAUUUCAUCCCGUUCCCCGCAACGCUAACGCAACGGCCGCUCAUACUAGGAACUCCCAACGCGCGCUCAGGCCAGAGGGACGGCGCGCAGCGCGCCGACCAGCCGCACGGCAUCCUCGGAGACCUGCUCGACAGCCUGUUCGCCAACUUCCCCAACGUCAGGGUGAACGUCGACACCGGCGGCGAGGGUCCCAUCCACUUCCGUUUGCACGGCAAUCCGGGCGACUAUGCCUGGGGCAACCUGGAGUUGGACCGGAUCGUCACGCACCUGCUGAACCAGAUGGAGUCGAGCGGGCCGCCGCCGCUCGGCGCCGACCUCAUUAAGGGCCUGCCGACCGUGGCCGUCACACAGGCCAGCGUCGAUGCAAACUUGCAGUGCAUGGUGUGCUUCGAAGACUACGUGCUAGACGAGAAGGUUCGCGAGCUACCCUGCUCUCACCUAUACCACAGUAUCUGCAUAGUCCCCUGGUUGGAACUGCACGGCACGUGCCCGGUGUGUCGGAGCUGUGUGGACGGCAGCUCGAGGCCGGCCGCCGGCUCGUCCUCGGCGCCCGGUCCUCCGCCCGAGCCCGGUCCGUCCGGCCGCCAGCCAGACCCGCACCGCUGACCGCGGCGCGCCGCCGCCGGUCUGCCGCCGACC